CCAUAAAUGUUUUAUUUUUUAGAAUUUCAAAAUGUCUGAGGUUUAUUAUUAAAGUUUAAAUAAAUUUUGUCAGAUGUUUACAACAAUUUAGAUUAUUUUCCAAGUCCACAGCAUUACAUUGAACCCAAGAAUCUCAGAUAAAAGACAUAUCUCUUUGGAAGAAUCUCAAGAACUGUUCAGAGCAUCUAUUUUUCCCAGGAGAUAAAUAUUGGCUGAAAGGAUCUCAAAAUCUCCAAAAAAUAGAAUUGUACUCCAUAAAGAAAAGUGAAUUCAGAACAAAAAAAGUUUAUAUCUAACAGAUCAUAGAUUAAAUACAAACUUUAUCCAAAAUAAAACAUUCCGAAUCUAAGUUUCAAACAAGAAUAAUGAAGAAAUCUCCAAGUAGCGGCUUGUUAUUUAACUCUAGACCAUCUUCUGUUAGAAAAUUUAGAGGAUUAUCCAUAUCUCUGGCCUGUCUGGGCAGUAUCUUCUUCUCUUUCUUCCUCUUGUUCAAAGUACUGCCAGAGCCAACUAAGGAACACACGAGCACUAGUAGACAUCAACAUGUCAAGCAAGGUCUAACUUUUCUCCAACCUUACUCUAAGCUUGGUAAAUUUCAACGCGCUGCUGUUUCUGUUGAUUCUGAACCAUGUGCAAAGAUUGGUAAUGAUGUACUGAUACGGGGCGGCAAUGCUUUUGAUGCUGCUGUAGCCAGUAUGUACUGCAAUUCAGUUGUGAACUCUCAAAGUAUGGGACUGGGAGGAGGGUUUAUAAUGGUUAUGACUCUCAAGAAUGGAACAAGACUAGCCCUGAAUAUUAUUCCAAUAGAUAAAUGA